GUUCUCUGUCACCUCUAGUCCUCUGCUGGGCAACAGCGGACGUUGGCAUGUGGCCUCCACCAGCCACUGACUUCCGCACUGGUGGUAGCGAUGUGACGGAAGCGAAAAAGAAGAGGAAGAGAAAGAAGAAAAGGCGCUCGUCGUCGCAAGACUACACCAGCUCUACGACGGCGUCCACCGGAGAUCACGUCAACGGCGGCGCCAGGGGGGCAAGAAGAAGCCCGCCCCGACUUAACGUUAAACCUUCGCCAGAACAACAACAACAACAACAAAGAGCCGGCGGUGUUAUCGACUCCGCCACUGGCGCUACUCGUGCCCGGGGAAACAGCGAGGACGUCGUUGCUGCCGCUGGUGGUGGUAGCGCCGAUGGUUCGGGCGAGGUGGUACCGAAGGCCGGCGGGGAUGCCGGCGGCAAGGAUUACGAUGACGACGACCACGACGAAGACCAAGAUGAGGGAGUCGUGAUUCAGCGCGAGGGAACCCCCACGCCGGCGCUGGCCAAUGGGACAGAAAAGGCCACCAAGAAGAAGAAGGAAAUGGCCGUCGCAGCCGCCGUUGUCGGCGGGAACGGUGUUGGUGGCGAUGGGCUGGACACCGCUGCCGGCAACGCGAUAGAGCUCGCGAAGAAGGAAAAGAGGAAGGCGAAGGAGAAGCACCAGAAGAAAAGCCAGGGCACUGAUGACUCUGAGGAGGUGGAACCGUCCGGAAUUCCGUUCGCCCUCCCAAUGCCAGGCGCUCGUGCCACUCCCUCAAUCAAACCCACUGGUCGAUCCCGAUCCGCUUCCAUUGAGAGCGCGGCCGAAUUCUUCAGCACCAAGGCUGUUUCCGGAGAUAAAGCUAGCGGCACCGCCGAUGAUGGUAGGGGUGAUACUGUCGCAAAGGGUAACGAGGGAGCUAUCAGCAACGGCAGUGUCCAUGAGGGGGGCGAGCCUGGCCAUAGCUUGGGGCGGCGCAAACGAGAAGAGGGGAGUGGCGGUGUUGGGGCAGCGACUGCGGCCCUGGGCAGGGGGCGAGUGCCUCGAAAGCACCAGGAGCAGAGGAGAGGGCUUCCCAUCUUCGCCCACAAGGCGGACAUCAUUCGCGCGGUCAAGUACCACCAGACCGUCGUUGUUGUCGGAGAAACCGGCAGCGGAAAGUCGACCCAGAUCCCGCAGUUUCUCUACGAGGCCGGGAUAACGAGAGGGGGUGCCGGCUGGAUACCGGGCUGGGAGUCGGGGGAGGCCACGACAGCGGCACGAGGGAGCGGCAAGAAGCGAGGGCGGGCUCCCAGCCAGGAGGACGUUGUCAAGGGCAGCAGCAGCGGCGGCGGCGACAAAAGGGGUUUCCAGGGAGGCCUUAUCGCCUGCACGCAGCCGCGAAGGGUGGCGGCGGUUACAGUGGCCAAGCGCGUGGCCGCGGAGGUUGGGUGCGACCUGGGGAACACGGUUGGGUACACCGUCCGUUUCGACGACCGUACUUCGAAGAGCACCCGCAUCAAGUACAUGACGGACGGGGUGCUCCUGCGGGAGGCGAUGAGCGACCCUCUUCUCUCGGCCUACUCGGCUAUCGUGCUAGAUGAGGCACACGAGCGCAGCCUAGACACGGACAUCCUGUUCGGACUGGUCCGUCGCCUCCAGCCGAAGAGACCGGACCUGAAGGUGGUCGUCAUGUCGGCCACCUUGGACGUCGAUCUUUUCCGACGAUUUUUUAGGGACUCUGUGAGCCUCCACGUGCCGGGUAGAAUGCACCCGGUUGACAUCAUGUACGCCACGGAGGAUCAGGACGACUACUUGGAUGCGUGCCUGAUGACCUGCCUGCAGAUACACGAGGACGAGAAGGGGGACGGCGACGUCUUGGUGUUCCUCCCCGGCCAGGACGACAUCGAGGCGUUGUCGCAGCUGCUGCGAGAAAACCUGGCCACGCUGAGAGCGGAGAAGUCGAGGGAGCUAGCGGCGGCGGCGGCGGACGCGGCGGCAGCGGCAGGCGACGAGGAGUUCCAACGGCCACGGGGGAGGGGCGGGGAUGACCUCCAGGGGCAAGGGGACGGCUUGCUGAGGGAGUCGAUGGUGUGCCCGGUGUUCGCCGCGCUGCCUCAGGAACAGCAGCUGGAGGCGUUCGAGCCGGCACCGAGGGGGACCCGAAAAUUCGUUUUGGCCACUAACAUCGCGGAGACGUCCAUCACGAUCAACGGAAUCCGCUACGUCGUAGACUCUGGCAAGGUCAAGGUUCGCUCGUUCCAAGCUUCCACGGGUAUGGAGUUCCUGCGGUCUCAGGACAUUUCCAAGGCCCAGGCGACGCAGAGGGCGGGACGGGCCGGGCGUGAGGCGCCCGGCGUUUGCUACAGGCUUUUCAGGCAAGACGUGAAGAUUUCCCUGGCUGUGUUGCGUUCGUCCUGGGUGACCCCGACCGACACACCAUUGACUACCGUAAACGGCACAAGAUAA